AUGGCGCUGCUCCUCGUCAACUGGUUGUGCUGGCGCCCGAUCCCAUCCGACACAGAAACGUUGGCUCGGCGCAUGGCCGAGCUCGAGCAGCAAAACCAGCAGCUAGCCUCGCUGACCACCGCCACCGUUGUGGCAAUCCUGGGUAUUACCACAGGGGCCUGGAAGCGCGCGGCGCGCGACCUGCUUCGAGAGACUUGGAUGGCGUUCCCAAACGUGGUGCGCGGUCCGACACGCCCGGCAACCUCAGGCGGCGUUCGUGCCUUCUUCGUGAUGGGGGAGAUGGACGAGCUCGGAGCGCCACAUGCCAGGGCGGUGCUGGAAGAGAUCGAGGACGAGCAGCGCAGCCAUGGCGACGUGGUCCUGUUCCCUAGGGUAAGAGAAACUCACCCGCCGGGAGAGAAGAUGUUUGCCUUUUUCGAGAUGUGCGCGGGCAUGUCGGCUUUGUUUUGCAUCAAAUCCGACGACGACGCUUACGUGCACACAGUUCGAUUGGAGACCAACUUGAGGGCGCUUCUACGUCAGCACGCGCACGAAAUGAUAUACGCCGGCAAUACGCUUUGGUCGGGGUAUUUUCCAAAUCGGCUAUCAGUCUGCGCUUGGCCGGCGAUGGGUCCGGCGAGCCUGUACAAUGAAGAUUGGAAGCGUGAAAAUUGCAGCGCUCGCGGAGCUGUUGGGCCCUUCCCAUUUGCGGUCGGCACCUUCGAAGUGUUGUCGAUGCCGUUGACUCGAUGGGUGACUACCCAGCCCGAGACGCAGCGCUUCGUCCAGCGCGCCCGCAGCUUCCUUCCCCCGGUGUGGAUCAUGGGAGAGGACACCGCGCUCGGGAUGUGGGUUCACACGUCGCCGUUCCCGAUCACCGCGCUGCAUUGGGGAUGGGGCAAGAUUCACGACUUGUGCUCCGGCUGCGCCUUCACGCAGGCGCAGCGCAACUGGAACCCGCUGACGGCCACAUCUGUCGUUGUGCACAUCAAGUAUCGCCUGAGGUGUGACGGGGACGAGCAAAGCGCCGCGUGCCAAGCGAAGCGCCGUGAAGGCUUUGCCAAGAGCAUAACGCAGUUGCACGCUAACGUGAGCCGCGUGUGCGAUGCCGGCUGUGAAGAGAAGGUCUUGCCUUUUGAGGUCCAGUCUCUCGAGGACCUGUGCGGCCGCAGCGCGAGGAUCGGCAGCAUCUACUCAAAAUGCAAAUCGAUCGCCACGACCUCUAACAGCACGAAAGCGAGCCCGCCGCCGCCACCGGACGCACUGCUGGAUGCCAAUGCCAGCUCGACGCCGUCAGCCUUAAUCUCUGCCGCCGAUGGCCUCUUGGACCAGGUGCUACAAGCUUUGGAGCGCUCAGGCGUCCAUGCUGUCGUGCGCGACACACCGGCCGUGCUGAGCCGCUGCGGGGAAAUCUUACGGAUCGCCUCGAACUUUGCGAGUGGCUACCAGUGGAUUGCCGUGUGCGAUCACAUUUGCAAAUCCGUCGUGUGUUGGGCGCAGCCUAGUGCGCACCCCGACUAA